AUGAACGCUAAAUUUCUGCUGGCUUUUACACUCGUCCUUCUCGCAACUUUCGUAGCGGAGAAUGAAGCCUUUACCGCUGGUGGAGGGGGAAAUCUUCCUUAUUCAGGAAAGCGCGACUUAGCGAAGUCUGUAAGUUCUCUCAACUGUUGUUUUUGUUGCUGUGUUUUUUUUAAGCAAUGCUCAAUAUGACGUUUUGUGAUGAACAACACUUUUCAUCUGCCUUCUUACUAUAGUGACUCCCUAGAGUUAUCUGUGUUAGUAUUCUCCUAUUCAAAAUUUAAUCGCAUGCUGAGCACCCAGGUAAUGAGAGUAAAAAAGUCAUUCAAAUAGAGGUUUCUGUCAAAAUAAAACAGCAAAUUCUUUGUACUAACCAGCUAGGAAAUGUGCGCUAAUAGUUACAUGAAAUAGCUUUGAGAUCUUGGUAGUGAACAGGCUAAUUUUUUCAAUCUACCUAGUAGAUCCGAUGGUCGAAAAUAGACCGAGCAACUAAAGUUUCACUCUCGCACAGGAUUAUAUAUCGCGAGUAACGACACGUGGGUAACGUGAGAAUGUGUAAGCUUCAUAACUGAAAAGAUGAUUUUUGCGCCAUUCUGUCCAAAAAAUUACUUUCAUUAAAUGCUCUUCGUCCCUUCAGAGAGUUAACUUUAUUUUAAAGUAGGUGGGGUCGUACAAGAAGAGGAGAGAGGAGGGCGAACUAGGUUGUGGUAUUGUGAUGUAUCGUAGCUUUUUUGGUUAAAGGGUAUGUCACAUGCACCCUUAGACACCUCCUGCUCUCUUCGUCCCAUCCAUACCCUUAGCAUUCACUCACCAGUGAUUUGUCUUAUGAUAGCACCAACUGGCCGGGAGAGCCUUGUGUACAGCUGCUAGAGAACACUGCAAGAGGGAAUUUGUAUUGGAGGACAUCAAUGAAUGA